AUGCCCGUCAAUGUUCCCGUCGACGACCCAAACGCUGACACAGAAUGGAACGACAUCCUCCGCAAGCACGGCGUAAUCCCCGAGAAACCCCCGUCGCCCACAGCCAAGCUUCAAGAAGCCGUCGAAGAGGCCCUUAAAGUCGCGCAUGAGAACCGCCUGGAAGGCAAAGACCUAGACGAAUUAGACGCGUUAGAAGACGACGAAGACGAAGACUUUCUAGAAGUAUACCGGCAAAAACGCCUCGCCGAACUCUCCACAAUAACAAACGCCUCGGUAUACAACCAAGUCUACCACCUACAGAAGCCAGACUACUCGCGCGACGUGACAGAAACCUCACAGAACGCUUUCGUCCUCGUCCUCCUCACAUCGUCGCAAGGCACAAACACAGAGUCCCGCAUCCUGAUAGAGAUAUGGCGCGAGCUGGCCCAGCGCUUCGGCGACGUCAAGUUCUGCCAGAUGAGGGCCGAGCUGUGCAUCGAGGGGUAUCCGGACCGGAAUACGCCGACGAUUCUUGUGUAUAGUAAGGGGGAUAUCAAAAAGCAGAUCGUUACGUUGAGAGAGCUGGGCGGGGUGAGGACGAAGGUGGAGGAUUUGGAGAGACUGCUUGUGGAUGUUGGGGCGUUGAAGGGGGGAGAUCAAAGAUUGAAGAAGGAGGAGAAGGACGAGGGCGCGAGUGGGAAGAAGAUUCGGCAGGGUACGACGAUGGGCGAUGACGAUGAUAGUGAUUGGGAUUGA